AUGAGCGACCGCCCCGCCACCUCUCCCGCCCGCUCAUUCACCACCAUGCCCACGUCCAUACCACCGCCCAUGCCAGCACCGCUCGACAAGUCGUCCUGCAUCACGCUCGUGACGCACGCCCUCGCCGACGCGCGCGCCCGCGGAGAUCCUGUCACCAUCGAUUUGUCGCAUCAGCGCAUUGCGGCUAUCCCGGUGGAGGACGUGGAGUCGGAGGAGUCCGAGGAGAGGAGUAGUAGGAAUAGGGGGGAGGAUAUGGAGGUGGAGGAGCAGGAGGGGAAGAGGAGAGGGGGAAGAGGAAGAGGGAAGAGGGCUGACAUGAGGGAUGAGGAUAGGCUAGCACUUGCGCAUAACCAGCUCACAGGCUUCUCGGACGAGUUUGCGGACCUCCCGAGACUGCGAUACCUCAACCUGCGGUCUAACUUCCUGCGCGAGUUCCCUGCUGCGCUUACACGCCUGCCGUCACUCGAGAUUCUCGACGUCUCACGAAAUCGACUCCGUGCGCUACCUGCCGACUUUGGCACACUCGUCAACCUUAAGGUACUCUCCAUGUCGAAAAACAAGAUCACGACGCUCCCCGCCUACAUUGGCGACAUGCAUGACCUCAAGAUCCUGAAGCUGGACCACAACCCGCUGUCGUUCCCGCCGGCGGCGGUACUGGACCUGGAUGGCGAAGAGACGGACCGGGACGCGUGGUUAGACAACUUGAAACGAUUUUUGAGGAAUGGGCCGAGUGGCAGCGAAAACGACUUUUUGAGCACCGCAGGAACACUGGUAGCACGACCAAGCACCGAAACCCUCUUCUCAGACGCCGGAAACGGAAACGGUGACAUAAUCAAGCCACCGAAAGGAGGCGGAGUAGUAGGAGGAGGAGGAGGGGGAGGAGGCGGGGGAGGGGGAGGAAUGAUCGGAGGGGGAAUGAUCGGCGGGGGAGGAUUUGAGCCCACAAUCACCCCCUUCCGUGACACCCCUGGCAUGGCUGCCAAAAAGGCGUCGAUGGGCACCGGACGACGGCCCCCCAAACAACUCCUGCAAAGCCUCCCGAUGGCCCUCCUCCCAGCCGCCCUCAAGUCCCCCGGGCCGCUGCAGCCCCUCCCGCAGACGCCCACAGAGCGCUCACGCAGCAACUCCGAGUCCACGAUCCUCAACACACGGCGCAUGGGCAUGGUGGGCACGCGGGGCAAACACACCGAGCAACAACACCACCUCCGCACCGUCGACGAGCAGCACCUGCAACUCCAGAAAGCAAAACACCAGCGCGGAUACUCCCACGACUCUGCCGUCGUCCGCGGCGGCAGCGGCGGCAGCCCACCAGACCGGCCCCUCCCCUGCUUCCGCCGCCUCUCCAGCCUUCCCGAGCAUAAACGCUCCUCGCAGUCCGUCUCCUCCGCGCGCAUCGGUGAAGCCGCACGGGGCAUCCUGUACGCAAUGUCGACGCUACAAGGCCCCAUCGAGGAGUUUGUGCAGUCCCUCACCCCCGCCCCCGCGGACGACACAAGUAGCAUCGACACGGCACUCUACACUGCCAACAUCCACAUCGGCACGCUCGUCAGCGCGCUCGAGGCCUUCGAGGAGACCGACGAGGAGGCACAAGUCAUCGACGCCUGCUACGCGUGCGUCGCGGCGUUCAAGCGUGUGCUGGCCCUCCUCCGGGAAACGGGCGGCGCGAGCUGCCAGGAGAAAAGGUAUGUCCGUACGCUACUACUGAUGGUGUAUGGCUCGUACAUCGAGAUCCAGCACAGCUAUGAGACGCUGCGGCCGCUGCUGCCCGGCGCCGGCGAGGAGCCGCCGGUGACAGCACGGUUGUAUGCGCCACCGCCGCCACCGCUGCGCCUCAAAAACAACAGCUCUGUGGUGAGUCUCCCGUCGACGCCCCGGCAGGACGUGUUUAUGCUGCAGCCGCCGCCAACGCCCGGGUUAGCGGUAGCCGUGGACGGCGGCUUCGACAGCGACGAGCCGCUAUAUGGGAAGUUUGUGGCGGCGACGACGGCCGCGACGACGACGCUGCCGGUGAUUGAGCGCGAGAUCAAGGCCACGGCGGGGUCGGUGCCGAAUCCGGCGGUGGCGCUGAAGCUACGGGAGGUGGCGGCGCUGUGUGUGGCGGGGACGGAGGCCGCGAGAAGGUUGGGGAUGGUCAAGUGGGAGGCGGUGCGCGAGGGGGAUGUGGGUGAACGCAGGAGGUUCUGGGAGGAGACAAAUAAGUUUACAAACCUGGUGAUCAAUAUCGCGGAACUCAUCAAAUCAAUAACGCAGGAGCACCCCUUUCCAAAGCCCACGCUCAUCGCGGUGGGCACGGUAGUGCGCCCAACGAAGGAUCUGUACAUCCUUAUGAACGGGUCCGCGUUCCGGCACCAACAGCAGCAGUACGCGGCGACGCCGCUGUCAGCCGCGCUGGGUGUUGCCAUGCAGGCGACAAUACCGCAGAUGGCCGGGGCGUAUAGCGCGGGGAGGAGUGGGACAAUGGUGGGGAUGGGGCCGCAGAUGGGGAUGGGAAUGGGGGAGGUUGGAGUUGGUGUGGGUGGGGGGCUCGGUGGGGGGGCGUUUGGGAAGGGGGUGAGGUUAACGUAA